AUGUCACGAGCUGCGAUUCUCGCGGCCCUGUCGCUUACCAACCUAGCACUUUGCCAGAUCAUCCAGGGUGACGCUAUUACCAGCGACACGGUCGCCCCUGCAGUUGAAGAAGUUGCUACCACGGCCGCGGCGUCGGGAAUCAGCUACUUCGACUUUGAGGUGUCUCAACUUACCACGGAAGUGAUUGCCAACCUGACAAACUACAAUCUCAGUGACGUGAGCCUCUUCGAGUUUGGCGAUGAGGAUGCUGCUGUUGCCAAGAGAGCUGCCCGCUCGUGCAAGGUCUUCCCUGGUGACCGUGCCUGGCCUUCGCCUGCCACAUGGUUCUUAUUCGACUUGCUGACGGGUUUGGCUUUAAUCGACGGUGUCCCUUCCGCGGCUGUGUGUUACAAGGACUGGCCUCAGUACAACAAGGCCAAGUGCGAUGAGGUCACUGCCAAAUGGUCGAGUCCUUUCUACCAGGCAUCUGAGCCUACUGGUCUGGACUUCCCCAUCUAUGAGGGUGUGAGCUGUCUGCCUCCUAGCUUUGCUCGCUCCAACGCCACCUGCACUCAGGGUGGACAUCCUUCCUACGUCUUGAAGGCCACCAAUGUCGCUCAAAUUCAGCUCGCUGUCAACUUCGCUCGUAACCUCAACUUGCGUCUGAACGUCAAGAACAAGGGCCAUGACUUUAACGGCAAGUCCACCGGUGCCGGUGCUCUAUCCGUCUGGACCCAUCACCUUCAGGGCAUUCAGUACCUUGGCGCCAACUACAAUCACCGCGCCUCUGGCUACCGGGGUCCGGCCUUCAAGAUUGGCUCUGGUGUCACCAUGCUUGACUUUUAUGAGGCGGCUGAUAAACAAGGCCUGCAGGUUGUUGGUGGAAUCGCCCGUACUAUUGGAGUUGGAGGAGGCUACAUCGCCGGUGGCGGUAACGGACCGCUGAUUUCCGCGUACGGUACAGGCGCCGACCAGGUUCUUUCCAUGGAGGUUGUCCUCCCGAACGGCCGUUUCGUGUCUGUCGACGAGAAGAACUAUCCUGACCUCUUCUUCGCUCUUCGCGGCGGUGGCGGCAGCACCUGGGGUAUUGUGACCUCUCUUGUCGUCCGAGCCUACCCAAAGACACCUAUCACGUCUCUCAGCUAUAGCUUCAAGACCGGCAGCAACGUUUCUGUUGAGACCUUUUGGUCCGGCGUCGAUGCCGUCUUCGCCGUGUUUCCCGAGUACGCCGAUGCCGGCAUGUUCAGCCACUGGUCCCUUAUGUGUGCCGGUGCCUCAGACUGCACCUUUUCCAUGGCCCCCCAGCUGGGCAUCGACAUGAGCGCAGACAAGCUCCGCACCGUUUCGGCCCCUCUAUUCUCCAACCUCUCGGCCCUGCACGUUCCGGUCUCGAACGUCAAGUAUACUGAAUUCAACGGCGUCCGCGAUACCGUUCUCAACACUUGGAGCGCGGAGGCAGAGGCCGGCGGUGGCUGGGGCUUCCACACUGCCUCUCGUUUCUUCCCGCGUUCCAACUGGGAAAACCCCGCUAAGCUGGCUGCACAGACAAAAGCAAUCCGUCAGAGUGCCGAGGAGGCCGGCUAUGUGCUUGGAUACAACAUUAAGACGGGAGUCAACCCCUCCGUCAACCAGACCAAUGCAGUCAACCCGGCUUUCCGUGCCACGCUGGCACACGUCAUGUUGGGAGCCACUUGGGGCCAGGAGGCGACCCCUGAAGACAUUGCUGCCGCGAGCAAGAAGCUUGUUGAUCAGCUGCAGCCCUGGCGGGAGGCCAGUCCCGGUGCGGGAGCGUACUUGAAUGAGGCGGAUAUCAACGAGCCCGACUUGCAGCAGGCUUAUUACGGCAGCAACUACGACUAUUUGUACCAGCUCAAGCAGAAGUAUGACCCUUGGGGAGUCCUCUACGCCGCCACUGCUGUUGGUAGCGAGGACUGGUAUAUCACGGGCCAGAUCGAUUACUACCCGACCCAGAACGGUCGUCUCUGCCCAAAAUAG